AUGAAGGACAUCGCACUUGUAAGGUAGAAUAGAUUCACCAAUUGGCAAAACAAUACAAGAUGGGUGCAGAAUACAACAGCUUGAAAACAGGACUUGACCAGAGUGUUAUUGACAUUAAAAACUAUUUAUCAAGCAUACAGGCAAGCAUGAAAUCAGUUGACGAAGAAAACUUGACCAUUAUCAAUGAGGUUCGCAAGUUCAGGACUGAAAUCAACCAAUACCUGGAUAAAAGGGAAAAAGAGUUACUAGAAGAAAUUGAGCAGAAAAAACGGAAAUCCAUGACACUGCUUAUUAAGCUGGAAGCAAACUGUCAAGAAAUGGAAUCUGCCACUGAAAAGCUUAGAUCAGAGCUACAAGCCCAGGAGAAUAACUGCAACCAGCUGUUUGUAUCUGGGACAAGGGCACUUAAAGAGCUUGUGAAUCUACGGUCAGGCCUUGAUAACAUCAGGGAAGAAAGUAGUAUUCCUUACUUUAAGUUCAGCAGGGACCCCGCAUCUGAACAGUUCCUGGUCUCAAGCACAGCAUUCGGAACAGUGGACCAGCUGGUGCCACUUUCGGCAGAUCAGCAUAAACAACUUCAGGGGCCUGGAAAUCAACACAUACCAGAUAACUUACAAAAGGAUAGACCAAAUGAAACAGGGAAACCGGUGGAUACCCAAACCAACAAGAUGGUGUUUAAGAAAGGAGAUGAAAUUGUGAUUGAGACGUUCUACCAUCGAAGCGGGAAGGAGUUCCAAUGUGUCUACCAGACUGGAAUGCGCUUCUACUUCGACGACUGGGGAAAUAAGGAUUUGCAGCCUUUCCCGAAGCGAUGGUACAACGAAGGUCUUCUUGUCACCAACACCAUACUCAAGGAUGACAGCCAGACCGGCAAGUCUGUGGAGCAGCGCGCAGGGGCGUCAAGCCAGGGUCAGAGUUCAAAGUCACAGGGUCGGAAAAGUGGGGCAUAUGACCGUGUGGGAUUCCUGAUGCACCCGACCCGGGGAGGAAUACCAACAUAUAUUUUCUAUAAAAAGCAUAAUGUUCACAUGUACUUUGACAAGAAUACGGGAUCGUGGGUGCGUAUGCCGAUUGCUUGGGAGUUACAACAUAGCAAGGUCAAGAGACUCGUGGAUCAAGUAAAUAUAUCAGUUCCGACAUGGAGCGACCAUCACGACAUCCUGUCCAUGUUACGGGCGUGUAACUACGACCCUGAUGAGUGUAUAUCCAUAUACCUUAAUCUACAAAAGGACCAGUGGAUGAACGGCCAGAAGACGGGGGAGUAAGGGACGACGAUAGAGGAGAUGGAACACGGAUGAUUGGAUUGGAAGAGAAAGUUAGGAGGAUGGUUCACACCUUGAAGUUAUAAAAAGACGGUGUUUUUUCCACUGAGGUGUAUGUUAAAUAUAUUUUUUUCAUUAUUAUAAGUAUUAUUGUUAUAAUAAUUUUUACUUUCAGCCCUUUCAGCACUUUCACAGCAGUGCAAACCUGGGCUUGUUCAUCCGUCUUCAAAGUUACAAAACAGUUACUAGUACUUUAUUAUAUGAAGUUGCUGAUAUUUAAUGAAAGCAUUUGCCUUAAUAAGUGAGCAUGCAUAUGUUUUUUAAACGUUUUUUCACUGAGUGCUUUAUCUUCAGCACAAUUAAAUAAUUUGCCGCAAUUUUUUAAUCAAUACAAAAUAUGUAUAAAACGGUAACAAUAUUACCAUAUUUGCUAUGUCAGCAAAAAUGUCAGAAAUCGCAGUCAUUUGAUAACCUUCUUAAUAUUAUCUUUUUAAAACGAAAUACAAAAGCGUAAUAACAUUUCCUGCUAUUUUCAAACACGGCAUUGCUUUAAAAAAAAAGAUUUAACAUGGGGGCACUCGUACAUGAAUGAAUGUAACUAACAUAAGGCCUUUUGAAAAAACAUUAUUCGUAUGUAUAGUGCAAGAUGGAUGUACCUCACUAUAGGAAUAGAAGGUUACAACAGUCUUGUGCUCAGCCCUCGAUGUAUUCUAUUACCUGACUAUAUCUAAUUAUGUAUACUGAUCGAACACUUAUGAGAAUAACUUUAAUUAUAUAUCCAUCAUAAAUCCACACGCAAUACAAAUCGCAAAAUACGGCAGUCCGUAUUCUACUCCAGUGCAAUACGGCCGACGCAUUCAACUCUUGUGACGUCACGUCAUAACAAGUAUCGUUGCUCGAUGUUAAAAUGACGUCAUCAAACAAAAUCGUGCGUCGUUUAAAUGACAUUAAUUAUGAAGGUUCUAACCAGUAUUGUAUAUCAUAAAAGGGUUAUUAGAACUGCGUUUUGAUUCGAAAUCAAAAUCCGCAUAAAUCCACUCGAGUUUAAUACAACCUCCUGGAUCAAAACGCAGUUUUAACAAAAAUAUUAUAAUGGGACAAGAAAAAAAACUUUAUUGUAUUUUUAGUUUACUAUAUCUUUUGAUCAACAGGUGAUUACUAUAUUUCAUUUUGACCUGGUAUGGGAGUUACCAAUAUCAGAACAUUUGAAAUACAUAAUUGUGUAAUUAGUUUCUUUAAAUUACUAUAUUCUAUUAUGUACUUGUAUUGAAAUAUUAAUACAAGCACAUUUAAAAAAAAUAUAAUUGCGUUUUAUUUUUCUAUAUUCUAUUAUGUACAUGUAUGGAGGUUACUAAUCCAAGCACAUUUUAACUACAUAAGUGCGUUUUUAGUUUACACUAUUCGAUUAUGAACAUGUAUGAAAGUUACUUUUACAAGCACAUUUGAACUACAUAAUUGCGUUUUUAGUUUACAAUAUUCGAUCGUGUAAAUGUAUGAGAGGUACUUAUACAAGCACAUUUGAACUACAUAAUUGCGUUUUAGGUUACUAUAUUCUAUUAUGUAUAUGAAUGGGAGCUACUAAUAUAAGCACAUUUAAAACACAUACUUGCGUUUUUAGUUUUCUAUAUUUUAUUAUGAACAUGUAUGGAAGUUUCAUAUACCAGCACAUUUGAACUACAUAAUUGUGUUGUUAGUUUACUGAUUUAUUUAUGUUCACAUAGUAGCGAUAGUACACAUAUGAAGUUAAAAUCAAUUUCAGAACUACAUAAUUGCGUUUUUUGUUUUCUAUAUUCUAUAAUGAGCAUGUAUAGAAGUUACUAAUACAAGCACAUUUGAACUACAUAAUUUGUUUUUUGUUCACCAUAUUCUAUUAUAUACAUGUAUGGAAGUUUCAUAUACAAGGACAUUUGGACUAUUGUGUUGUUAGUUUACUAAUUUUUUAUGUUCACAUAGUAGCGAUAGUACACGUAAUGUUGAAACCAAUUUCAGAACAUUUGAAAUACAUAUUGAUUUUAAGUGUUCUAUAGUUUAUUAUGUGCAGUUGCUGUCCAGGUAUGAAAAAAACAUGUUUGUUCAAUUAUUGGAACAUUUGAAAUAAAUAUGGUUGAUAAGUGUUCUAUAGUUUAUCACGUACAGUUGCUGUUCAGCUAUGAACAAUACAUGUUUGUUCCAAUAUGUGGACAUUUGAAAUACAUAUGGAUUUUAGGUGUUCCGUAGUUUAUUAUGUACAGUUGCUAUCCAGGUAUGAACAAUACAUGCUAGUACCACUAUUGGGACAUUUGGAAGAACAUUGAUUAUAAGUCUAUAGUUUAUUAUGUACAGAUGCUGCUCAUGUAUGAACAAUACAUGUUUGUUCAAUUAUUGGGACAUUUGAAAUACAUAUGGAUUUUAAGUGUUCUAUAGUUGGUUAUGUAAAGUUGCUGCAAAGUUAUGAACAAUACAUGUUUGUACCAUAAUUGGGACAUUUGAAAAACAUUUUUUUUAUAAUCAGAUACAUUGUAACGGUCGAAUAACGUUGUGCUAUUAUGAAUUCAAACAGAUAAUUUAAUUAAGAGUUAAUUGGCACUAUCAAAAGGGUACUCAAGUCAUGGUACUUCCCGUGCCAUGUCGUUGUACAUACAUUUCGUAUCCUCAACCGCAUUAUCUGUUUGUCGCCAUAGUAUAUUUGUCAUUUGCAGUCAAACUCAGUUUUGUAAGGUUGUCGUACAAUUUUUGCCUGAAAGGCAUGGUUUCAGCAAUGUUUUAUUUCUUAAUUAUAAUGCAUCCAAAAUCUGUAUAAUUUCUGCCGACAAACAUGUAAAACUAACUUUCAUAACAUCACAUGAACACUAGCGUGUCCACUUGAGGCUACUAAGUGUGAAUAUACACCUUUGAGCAUAAUUCGAAUGAGAGUAAACGUAAGUUCUAAAAAUUUAUUGAACUUAGCAGGGAGUACAUGAGUUGAUCAA